AUGAAUGGACCAAUCGGCGGCAUAUGGGACUCAACGUUGAACUUGUUCCCAUCCGCAGCUCCCUUCUCCCUCGUAAAGGCCAUUCUCGUAAUCAGUGUCUUAAUCAUAAUCAGAUACUCAUGGAUGACAUUAGACAAACAGAAACCAUUCUCACCCGACCCAGUCGAGUCAUUCGUCUGCUAUAUCUACUUGUACGACCAUACCAACCAGGGUCUCGAUCCUCCAUGUUAUUACCAUCACGUGAUUAGGAGCAAGUCCGACACCACGUGCGAGGGAGAGAGUCACGCUGCGGCCGCGGUGAGGAUGAGCAAGUUAGCGAGCGAGGAGAAGCGGACGGCGUGGCUCGGCGAGGACGAACGGGCGGAUGAGAGAGUCGUCAACAGGUUUGAUCAGCAGCAGAUGAAGACCUUUGUACUCGAGGACUACCUUAGGGAAAGGGACAAUGAGACGAAGCUGGUGCACACAGCACGGGGUUGUUGGGAAUCAAACCAAUCAAUGGAUCUCGAACAUCCUUCGCCGAAGCUCGAGAAGCUGGCGAUGGACCCGGAAAACCAGGGAAUAAUUACGGACUUGUUGGGUUUCGCAAGGGACAAGGAGUUUUACAAGAGGAUAGGCAAGGCUUGGAAGAGGGGUUACUUGUUGUUGAACGACUCUCCUGGUACCGACAGAUCGAGCUUAAUCGCAGCCAUGGCCAGCUUUCUUGAAUUUGACAUCUAUCAUUUGGACCUUGCGAGCAUGCCCUCCAUCUCAGAGCUGAGGAAUGUGCUGGUCUCCACCAGGAAUCGCUCCUUGAUUGCGAUUCAAGAUUUUGAUCACUGUGCUGGGAUGCUUCACAGACUCGCGAACGAGUUGACGGGCUCAUGUCUGUUGAAGUUCCUUGAUGGCCUGUUGUCGACCUGUGGCGACGAACAGAUCAUCGUACUUACUACCAACCACAGAGACCUAUAUGAUGCUGCUUUACUGCGCUCUUUGAACAUGGAUAUUCACAUUCACACGUCUUCACCUCAGCCUACAGCCUUACCCGAUGGAGGAGAAAUUGUGCAACUUGAUUCAUCUGAACAAAAACCUUUGCUGGAUUUUGAUGCUACAAACAACAGCGCAUAUCAUUGCAGCCUUCUUGUGUCUAAUGCAGAGACGAAAAAUAUGAGAGAGGAAUCAAACAGAGGGUGCGUGACUGAGAGUGUAUAUAGUUUAGUUGAUUCAACGACUAGAAGAUCAUCGACGCAUUUUGAUCCUCCAGACAACAGAGCACAUCUUGUGAUGGACCAUCAGACCGGUCCUAUUGGGUUUGAUUCAGAGAAGGAAGAUAUAGCAGAGGGAUUGAACGGAGAAUGCUUCAUCAAGAGUGGAACUAGUUUAGAUUAUUCUACAAAACGAAAAUUGCGGGAUUUUGAUGCUACUGAAAGCAAAGAACAUCUUGUCAGAGCAUAUCAGACUGGCCCUGUUGUGUCUCUUCCAGAGAAUGAAAAUAGGGGAGAGUCAGAAUGCGUUACUAAUAGUAUGUUUGGUUUAGAGGAUCUUCAAAAACAUUGUGGCGGUAGACGCGAUGAUGCUGCAAAGAGCUUUGAUGCUAUUUAUGAUCUGGGAUUUCAUGCGACAGAUUCCACUUCAUGGAAAUCAUUCGAAGUACUAGAAAUUCUUCCACCUUGGGAACAGCCUAAUUACUGUGUACACUUAUUGUCACCGGGAAGAUUAAAACUUGAGGGUUGUGUACAACAAGAGAAAUCACCAGAUCUGCCAAGAGUUAUGCAAAUUAACGGAGUUGAACCAAGAGUGACAAAAUCGCCUACAUACUUGGGAAAAUUGACCGCUCAGCCUUCUAGCUCUUCAUGUGGGCCUAUUGGCUUACCAGAUGGAGGACACAUAGUGCUUCUUGAUCCAUUAGAGCAAUCUACGAAAAAUGUACCGCAUGCAGCUAGGACAGAUCAAUGCUCUCCUACAAUGUCUCUUCCAGAGGGAAAAAGGGUGAGAAGGAUAUUAAAGAUAAAGUGCAGAACUAUGAUUGUAGUAUUUGAGGAGCAGAACCAACAUUUUGGCAGAAGAUGUGAAGGCGCUGCUAGGAGCCUUGGUGCAAUGGGCAUCUGUAGGAACCAUGGGAUCAAUCGGGUAUCCAUAGUGAAACGCAUCCAUAAGCAACACGGGAUCCAUCGGUGGCCAUUUCUACAAAAAUGGGCAACAAGGAAGGUGUAUUCUUUGGGAGACCAAAGACUAUUUGAAGUUAUCAGUCUAUCUAUGGAUGAGAAACUUGAUUCAAGGCUUCUGAUUAUCCAUAUCUCCAAGUUUGCGAGAUCUUCUCCUCGGACUUUAGCCUUACCAGAUGGAGGCGAGAUCGCCGGGCCUAUAGCCUCGUCAUUAAAUGAAUUUGCUGGUACAAACGAUAAACCACACCUUGUCAGACAAGAUCAAAGUGGCUCUACUGCAUCUCAUUACGAGAGGAAAAAUACAAGAGAAACGCCAGACAGACAAGGGAUAACUAUGAGUUUAUGUAGCGUACAGGAUCUCCAACAACAUGGCUGGAAACAUAAAGAAGUUGUGAAGAGACUUGAUGUUAACAUAUCCAUGUUUAAGAACACCUGCAGGCAGCACCAGAGUUAUUGGUGGCCACGUUGGACUAAAAACAAUGAACAACAAGCAAUUUACGCUCCAAAAAAUAGAGCACAAUUUGCCAAGGCAGAUCAGAACGGUUCAGAGAAAGGAAGUAAGAGAGAGACAUCAGAGAGAGACUGCUUAAUUAAUUUACUUAGUUUAGAGGACCAAGGACAACAUUUUGGAGCUAGACAUAAAGAUGAAGAGAAGGGCCUAGGCGAUUCCCUUGCAUGGAAGUCAUUCGAAAUACUAGAGAGUCUUCCUAGUGGGGAACAGUCUAACGGCAUUAGACGCUUAGUGCGACAGAGAACACUAACAUACAAGCAUUGUGUACGAAGAAAGAAAUCACAAGAUCUGCCAAGAAGUCUGCAAAUGGACUGCUCAGGAGGAUUGGCUACUCAGCAGUCUACUAGGUCUUUGCAUUGGCCUCUCAGCUUACCAGAUGGAGAACCCAUCGUAACUCAUUCAGAAAAAAUAUUUGUGAGAAAUACAUUUAAAAGGAAGUGCAGAAGUAUGAGUGUUAGUUUUGAGGAUCACCAACAACAUUUUUGCAGCAGAUGUGAAGGUGCUACAAACAGCCUUGGUGCAAAGCGCAUCUGUAAGCGUCAUGGGAUCAAUCUGGUAUCCACUGUGAAGCGCAUCCACAGGCAACAUGGGAUCCAUCGGUGCCCAUUUCGACAAGGGUAUUCUUUAGGAGGGGAAAGGCCAGCUGAAGUUAUCAGUCUAUCGACGGAAGAGAAACUUGUUUCAUGGCUUCAAUUUGUCCAUAUGUCCUGGCUUGCCAGAUCUUCACUUCACCCUUUCGCCUUGCGAAGUGGAAGAGAGAUCGAGGGGUAUAUCGCCUUUUCAUCAAGUGAAUUUGCUGCUACAAACAACAGGGCACACCCUGGCGGACAAGAUUGGUGUGGCUCUAGUGCAUCUCGUCCUGAAAAUGAAAGAACGAGGGAAACAAAAUACGGGGAAGGGACUGCUUCCAGUAUAAUUAGUCGUGAGGUUCUCAAAAAACAUUUUGGCAGUAAACGUGAAGAUGUUGCGAAGAUCCUUGGCUUUAGCGUCUCAACCUUUAAGCGCGUCUGUAGGGAUCAUGGGAUUCCUCGGUGGCCAAAUUGGAGAAGCAAUAGCGUUCGGAGACCCCCUGAUCCACAUGGACAAAAGAAUCCAUCACCCACAUUCAAUACGCUAUCAACUAAUGGGCAGAUCACGGUGGUAAAUGAAAUGGGUGGUCAAAAUUUGGAGCCAAAUGAGUGUCUACCAGAUUCUUUUGAAGACCAGAACUUUCAGAAUAAGGGAAAUGGUUCAAUAGCAGAAUUUGAAAGAACUCCUACUUUUGAUGAUUCUUUCCCCGGUCAUUGUCGCGAUGUGGAUUUUUGUUAUCCAGCUGUAUACAGUGAAACUGAAGCAGCACGGGGUUCCUCUAAAUGGGCAUUUCAACUGGAAGGUCAAACAACGCAGUCCACUGCCUAUUCAAAUCACAAUGCUCUUGUGUUUCCACAAUCUCAGAUGGCAUCAACAGAGGUGCUAAAUCAGAACAUGGGCAGUUCAGAAGAUAGGAGAGAUUUGUUAGCUUCACAAGUAGAGCCUUAUCAUGAGGGACAUGUCUGUGAAUCUAGUAAUUUGACAUUUCCUGCACGUUCUGAUGCACCUGUGGCUACUAUUCCCCACACGAUGCCUACAAUUCCCCAUACGAUACCUCACCUCAUUGGGGGUUCAUCUGAAUGGCCGUUUCAACGGAAAAAUCAAUCAACGCAGUUCACUGCAUAUCCGAAUCCAAAUGGUCUUGUGGAUCCACACCCUCAGAUGGCAUCAACACAAAAAAUAAGUGAGAAUAUAGGAAGACUAGAAGAUCGGAGAAAUUUGUCAGCUCCACAGAAAGAGCCUCUUCCGGAGGGACAUGUCUUUGGGUCUGUUAACUGGACAGUUGGUUCAUGUUCUAGUCUUGCUCCGAGCCAACCCAUGCCUACUAUUCCCCACACAACAGGAAGUUCAGAAUAUUGGAGAAAUUCAUUAGCAUUCGCAGAAGGGCAUCUUUCAGGGGAAAAUCUCUACGGAUCUUUUAACUUGACAGUCCCUCCAUGUUCUGAUCCUGCGAGCCAACCCAUGCCUACUAUUCAUCACACAAUGGCUACAAUUCCCCACAUGAUGCCUCUUCUCACAGAAAGGCCAGAUACGAGGUUCGUGAAGCUAAAGGCAAUGUAUGGGGAUACCACAAUAAAAUUUCAGCUCCCUCUCACAUCGGGAAUUAAUGAACUGAAGGAAGAAGUGUCAAAGAUACUGGAGUGCAAGCUUGGUAGUUUCAACGUUGAGUAUAAGGAUGAGGAUGGGGACUGGAUUUUAAUGGCCCGUGACGAGAACUUGAGCGAAUAUCUGCAACUUCUCACCUCACUGGGAAAUCAAGUAACAAAACUAAAACUUCGUGACAAGGUUCCCCACACGAUGAAUUUUUGUGAUAACUGCGGAUGUGACAAUUGCAGAUCAUUGAAGCAGAAAAGACCAUAAGUAUGUUUAGUAGUAGAAUAAUAUUUACAUGGUUGACACCAGUCCCAUGUUCUUUGUGUAACGGAACAUUUCCUUCCUUGCCAGUUUUUCCUUUGCUAAACCAAACUACUUUUGGUAAUGCUGCAUUUUGCAGGGCCCUUUGUUUUGGCCUAGGUUUUACCUAAAUUUGGUUGGUGAUAUUUGAUUGUGUAAAUCUCGUUCCAUUGGGGUUUCUUUUUAUCA